CCUGGUUUGGGGUGUGGCUUCAAUUUCAAUAACUUUAUUGGUCUCCUUGUACGCCGAGCAGCCGGCGUGCGUUCUGCCCCGGAGCCCAUAGCGCAUCGCCGGAGGUUGCCCCCGACUCGAGCUGCAGCCAUGGGAAACACCACCAGCGAGCGGGUGUCCGGGGAGCGCCACGGUGCCAAGGCUGCGCGAGCUGAGGGCGGCGGCCAUGGCCCGGGCAAGGAGCACAAGAUCAUGGUGGGGAGCACCGACGACCCCAGCGUCUUCAGCCUGCCCGACUCCAAGCUCCCGGGGGACAAAGAGUUUAUGCCUUGGCAGCAGGACCUGGAUGACUCUGUGAAACCCUCGCAGCAGGCCCGGCCCACCGUCAUCCGCUGGUCUGAAGGAGGCAAGGAGGUCUUCAUCUCUGGGUCCUUCAACAACUGGAGUACCAAGAUCCCUCUGAUUAAGAGUCAUAACGACUUUGUUGCCAUCCUGGAUCUUCCAGAGGGAGAGCACCAGUACAAGUUCUUUGUAGAUGGACAGUGGGUUCAUGAUCCGUCAGAGCCUGUGGUUACCAGCCAGCUUGGCACAAUUAAUAAUUUGAUUCAUGUCAAGAAAUCCGACUUUGAAGUAUUCGAUGCUUUAAAGUUAGAUUCUAUGGAAAGCUCUGAGACAUCGUGCCGAGACCUGUCCAGCUCACCCCCAGGGCCUUAUGGUCAAGAAAUGUAUGCGUUUCGAUCUGAAGAGAGAUUCAAAUCCCCACCCAUCCUGCCCCCUCACCUGCUCCAAGUUAUCCUUAACAAGGACACUAAUAUUUCAUGUGACCCAGCCUUACUUCCGGAGCCCAAUCAUGUUAUGCUAAACCAUCUCUAUGCACUGUCCAUCAAGGACAGUGUGAUGGUCCUUAGUGCAACCCACCGCUACAAGAAGAAGUACGUCACCACGCUGCUCUAUAAGCCCAUCUGAAGAUGACGUCACUCCUGCCUCCAAGAAUUCUGGAGGAGCGUUUCCCUCGCCUUUGGACUAAGCCGGUCUCCCCUGAGCCUGGCGGGCUGAUGUGUUUUGAGGCUGGUGUGUGUGUGUCAGAGCCUCGUGAGUAGGGUGCUCUGCUUUGCGUUUGACUGCAGGUGAGAGCUUUAUGAGUUCAUGGAGUUUAUUUUAAGAAAACACAAAACCAUAUAUAUGCAUAUGAGAGGAAGGUUCCUGGAAGCCUCCUGGCCCAGCUGUGUACGCUCUCUCUCUGCCUGUGGGUAGUCACCAGGGCCUGAAUGGGAAGCUGCGGCUGUGAUAAC